UGUCUCAGUCAUGAGAUUGGAUACCUUGUCAAAUGAGUGACGUAAAUACCACACAAAGUUACCCGAAUCUUUAUUCUAAGCCUUGAAUCCGUUGAGACUCGUGAUCGAUAACUGGGACUUUGCAGCUUCGAAAGGGAAAUUACCUCAGCGGGAAAAGAUGCAUUCAAGAUGGCUUCAAUAUACAAUAUUAUUUCAAAUAAUAUAUGUUACACUCACUAUUAGGCCUGCAUUAUCCACAUCCCACCGAGACAUCGAACAAUCAAAACCCCCUGGGAUCGAUCCUCCAAGCACGACGUUAAGAAAUGGGUUCAUGGGGAGCACCCAACCCGUGUUAGCGACCUACAACGAGAUGAAAACGUUGAAGGGGAGACCCGUGUACGCUUUCCUGGGGUUAAAAUACGGGCAGAACACCGCCGGUAGAAAGAGAUUCAAGAAAUCUACGAUGUAUACGCUGCAAACUUCAACAUUGAAUGCCACCUCCUAUGGAAAGAAAUGCCCGCAGAUGAGGAACAAAGAAUAUGAUCUCGACAGCAGUGAGGAUUGCCUGCUUUUGAAUGUUUAUACCUUUAUUAAACCAACGGAGGCUACAACUGGAAGUAUACCCGUGAUGGUAUUUAGCCACGGGGGUGAUGGUGUCACUGGGGACUCGUCAGAAUAUAAACCAGACGUCUUGCUGGAUUACAAUGUCAUCUUGGUUACAUUCCAGUACAGGCUGGGGACAUUAGGUACAUUUACCAUGAACAGCAAGGAUGCUCCAGGAAAUGUGAUGCUUUGGGAUCAUAUCUUAGCUUUACAGUGGGUACAGCAAAACAUCAAGUUCCUGGGAGGUGACCCAAACAGCGUCACAGUUUUCGGUCAAGGAUUCGGAGCCGUGCUCACGAGCUUCCUACUUCUCUCUAAGAAUGGCACCAGUGUUAUUCCACCGGUCAGUCAGCAACUCUUCCAAGCCAUGAUUCUGGAAUCGGGUUCAUUCCUACAGAGAUACAGCUUCGGUGACGGCCAGAACGGGGCGUAUAAGAAGAUUGCAACAAUAAAUAACUGUUACAAUCGGUAUCCCCAAUACGUUUUGCCUUGCAUGAUGGCUAAACCUGCUCACGAGCUCGCCAUGAAUCUACAGGCUUAUAUGGUCAGCGAGAGACGCGCUGGGAGGUCAGGUUACGACAACAAUCGACUCCUGGUGCAGAAUGGCACUGGAAUAAGUUCUGCAGACAUCCUGCUGAAGGAUUAUCCUGAAAACACCAUAAAGGAUAUCAGCAAACUCGUUAAUAUACCCAUCAUGGUUGGAGCCAAUAAACACGAGGGCUCCUAUCACUUCGCAAGUAUGUACUGGACAUUGCUCAAGGGAAAAUACGACGAUGCAGAUUACAUAAAAAACAAGAUGCUUCAAGAUAUCAUCAGGAUGUCAGGCCUACCUGGACCGAACAACGACUUGGUAGAGGCCCUCAGGAACGACUACCUAGGAGACAUUGACAUGAGCAGCCUGCAAGCAGCUACUUCUGGACUGAUAGAUCUUACGGGUAAUAUCAUGGCCAAACUCCCAGUGUGGCGAAUUGCCCAGGUCAUGGCAAAGGUGAAUAAGGCAUACUUUUAUGCCUUCGAUUUCCCGUCUAAGGAUUCCCUCUUCGACACGUAUUUUACUUGCGAGGAUCCGGACCCAAUAUUUGAUCACGGUGUCACUCACGGGGACGAGCUCAUGUACCUCUUCAAUAAGCCAGAGGGCCUGCAGUUGGACGAAGGGCAGAACAGGACCAGAGAUCGACUCGCAACCUUGUGGACCAAUUUUGCCAUUUACCAUGACCCAACUCCAGAUGCAGACGCAAGUCCUUGGAAGGAUUUAGGGAUUCCGAAAUGGGCUCCAAUUGGAACAGACAAGAAUUACCUGCUGAUUGAAGAGGACUGCAAGAUAGAGACUGACUAUAUGAAGAGGAGACACAUAGCCCGUGUGCCUGUGCCUUUGCCAACGCAAGAGGAAUACGAUUUUGUCAAUAGCCAGAGAGGGGCUUUCAUGGCCUGUAUGAUAGUUUUCCUCCUGACAUCAAUUAUCCUAGGAAUUCUGGUUUUCCUAAAAUAUUCCAGCAUGGGAAGGGGGUGAGGCAGCCUCUGAUAUAGAGGAACCAUUGUAACUUAUGGUACAUUAAGUUCAA